AUGGCAAAAAAUAUUAUGAAUUUUAAGACAGCCAAACACCUAAGACCACUUCUAAAAACCACUCGUGAAAUGCAACAAUUUAAGAAUUUCCCCCUUAUUUUUGGUAACUCUGAGAUUCCAAGCUCAAUGCUAUACAAAAUAGAAGAAAAAAUAACAAAAUUAGAAGUCUGUAGUAAGGAAGACAUUAAAUCUUUAUAUGGUGAUUUUUGUAAGUUUCUUUCAGCAAAACAGACUUAUCAAAGACCUGAUUUUAUUGAUGCUACUUUAUUUAGCGCAAUACAAUCAUCCAUAUCUAACUUAAAUAAAUCUGGGAUGAAAAUCAGAUGUACAGACUAUCCCAAUUUCGAUUAUAAUUUAAUUGAUUUUUCUUCGUGGUCUGGGCCUUUUGUCUUGCGUAAAGAACUAAAUCCUCAUAUGGAUUAUUUACUACAGAUGCGCUAUGGACAUUUUAAACUUGCAACUAAUGCUGAGCCUUAUGCAUCAGUGUUUAAGCAUAGGUUUGCAGGAAGAGAUCAAUCAACUUGGGAUGGACUUGCCUCAAAAAUCGAUUUUAAUAAGCUAGCUAACAAAGUGAGUUCAUUAUUACCUUUAGAAGAAAAGGAUGCGGUUGACUUAUUAUCAUUUCACAUUUAUCUGACUUCAAUUCGACCUAUUAUUCAAGUUGCUGUAGUUGCAAUAAAAGGAGGAAGCUUAGUGACUAUUGAAAAUAGAAAUGGAGAGGCUGAAGAUGGAGAAGAAACACCUUAUACUCAUGUAUUGUAUUUAGAAAGGCUAAAACUGGAUAAAGAAGAUCGUGUAGUUUCAAAGAAUUUCCUUACAAAUAAGUGGGUAAUAUCUGAUGUGGAUUUUUUGAUGACGCCAGAUCAAACAAAAGGAACAGAUAAAGGGAAAGAGGAGGAAGAGAAUGAAAUAGAUUUUAUUGAUAUGGAAAAACAAUUCGGAAAUCAAUAG